UUUUGGUGUUUUGGGGGGAUUAUUUUGGUGGCUUUUUUUCCUUUUUUUUUUUUUUUUUUCCUUUUUUUUUUGAUAUUUGGAAAGCAAGGAUCACAGUUCCCCUCCCCAUUCCUUUUCAAAAUCCCUUAUCAAAAAAGAGGGAAAAGUCCGGAUGGAUUUUAAGGAUUGGACUGGUGUCAGCUGUGUUUUAUUGCACACCUGAAUCCUUUAAAUAGGUUUUUCAGUCCCCCCACUUUUAUUUUGGCAGUUAAGCCAAAUGUGUUUUCCGAAAAGUUAGUUCAAGUAUUUUCUCCUCUUUCCUUCCUUCCCUUCCUUUUUCCCAUCUGACCCCAAACGUUAUUGUCCAAACAUGACUGGACAGCAGCUUUUGUUUCUUGACCCUGUAAUAUGACAGUCUGCUAAUAUUGCCGGAAGGUGCAGUUUUUCGGUUACAGUCGUGAUUUUAAGCUAUUCAAUCAUAUUAGCAGGAAAAAAAUGACUUGUUUCUGUUGUACUUGAGUCUUAAGAAAAAGUGCCCAUAGUUUAGUGACCAUUUCCAAAGGCUUUAGUACCACCUGUAUUUCAAAAUGGGGGACCCAAACUCCCGGAAGAAACAAGCUCUGAACAGACUACGUGCUCAGCUUAGAAAGAAAAAAGAAUCUCUAGCUGACCAGUUUGACUUCAAGAUGUAUAUUGCCUUUGUAUUCAAGGAGAAGAAGAAAAAAUCAGCACUUUUUGAAGUGUCUGAGGUUAUACCAGUCAUGACAAAUAAUUACGAAGAAAAUAUCCUGAAAGGUGUGCGAGAUUCCAGCUAUUCCUUGGAAAGUUCCAUAGAGCUUUUACAGAAGGAUGUGGUACAGCUCCAUGCUCCCCGAUACCAGUCUAUGAGAAGGGAUGUAAUUGGCUGUACUCAGGAGAUGGAUUUCAUUCUUUGGCCUCGGAAUGAUAUUGAAAAAAUUGUCUGUCUCCUGUUCUCUAGGUGGAAGGAAUCUGAUGAGCCUUUUAGGCCUGUUCAGGCCAAAUUUGAGUUUCACCACGGUGACUAUGAAAAGCAGUUUCUGCAUGUACUGAGCCGAAAGGACAAGACUGGAAUUGUUGUCAACAAUCCUAACCAGUCAGUGUUUCUCUUCAUUGACAGACAGCACUUGCAGACUCCAAAAAACAAAGCUACAAUAUUCAAGUUAUGCAGCAUCUGCCUCUACCUGCCACAGGAACAGCUUACCCAUUGGGCAGUUGGCACCAUAGAGGAUCACCUCCAUCCUUAUAUGCCAGAAUAGAGUGCUGACCAGCGAAAUGGAGAAGAUCAGAGAGUGCAGCAGCAUUUUUUUUUCUUUUUUUCUUACCACUUUAUUCUUUCAGAGUUUAAAGAAAAUGGACUCAUGCACAGAACACUAUGCAUUUUGAAACUUGUUCAUCCUGGAUUUUUUUUUUUAAUCAUUUGUAUCUCAGAACUUAAAUUAGAUAUCUUCUGCACAGACUGUGUGAAAGAAGAUGCUUUGCAUAUUUGCUGCACUGCAUCAGCAUCUUACUAAAAAUGUGAAAUGAAAGGACUAUUGUACACUGAAAUGCUUAAAUGUAUCUGAAAGCACAAGGUGAUACUCAUUUUUGAUGGUCUUUCCAUUUGUGCUGGUUUUGCCUCUUUGACAUCUGUCAUCAGUAUUUGGAGGGUGAGAAGUGAAUGUAACAGGUAUAAAUAACAUUUUAAAAGCUUAUAGCUUUGCUAUAAUCACCGUUGUUCUAGAGCACUGUCAGAUUCAUUCUAAUGACCAGAAGUGGUUGUUUAAAAAAGAAAGAAAGAAAAUACAACCAUGGGAAAGAAAUCUUAAAUGAAAAAAGCAUCUCAUAGGCAUUCUUGCCUCAUAUAUUGCUGGGCCAUGUUUGUUUCCUGGUACUCAUAAAUAUAUGUAUUUUAUUUCCAGAUCUCUUUCCCCAAGUUGCUGUUAUGAAAGAGUAUUCUGCUGAGUGUGGAUACACAUUAAAGCAGAUCUGGAGUCUGAAGUAGCUAAGCAGCUAUAAAACUGAGAAAUACAUUCAUAGCUGCAGAAACCAUAAUAGGUAGAGGACUUUUCUUUUGGUUUUUGUUUAGUUUUUUGGUUUUAAAAAGAAGAGAUUUUUGUUAUAAAGAAAAAAAUUCCAGUGAAUUGUGCAGAAAUACUGGUUUUUACACCACCCUAAAGGAAAACUUAUGAGGGUUUUGUGAAGUAGAAAAGUUACUAAAGUUGGGAUCUUAAAUUGUGAAAAAAAGGACAAAAAACAAACAUCAGAGUGUCAAAGUUCUAAAAGAACUCAUUUUGUGCAAUGAACAUAAGGAAAGACUACUGUAUAGUUUUUUUGUUUUUUUUUUUUUUUGGUUUUUGGUUUUAUUUUUCUUUUAAAUGAAGAAAAGCUUUGCUUAAGGGUUGCAUACUUUUAUUGGAGUAAAUCUGAAUGAUCCUACUCCUUUGGAGUAAAACUUAGUGCUUACCGGUUUCCAAUUGUAUUUAGCUUCUGGUUGGAAUUUGAAUAAAUGAAAACCUAAAUAAAAUAGGUGAAAGUUCCCUGACUAUUCAGGUGAAUACACAAAA